UCGGCAGCUCAGCAUGGGCUGCUCGGCAAAGCUCAGUCUUCUACUGCUCCUCAGUAGCUGGGCUUCUGCAGAAUCUGGGCUCGACGACAGAAAGAACACGAUAUGUUUCAAACAGUCCACUCGCUUCAAAAAUCUUAAAAGAUUCACCUACCAAUAUGAAGCUGAGACCUCCAAUGAAAUAUUCGAGAAGCCCAACUCAAUCUCCGGUGUCCAGAUAGCCUGUAAAGUGGAACUUGAAGUACCUCAGUACUGUGCAUACAGUAUGCGAGUAAGUUCAUGCAGCUUAAAGGAAGUGGAAAGUGUCAGCAGUGAUGGCAAGCCAAUCUUUGGUCUUUCUAGUAAUAAUGAAGAGUUCCAGCAGGCUAUGUCCAGAUAUGACCUGAAAUUCACGUCAUACGGACACAUGGCUGUCACUCUAUAUCCAAACAAAAAUGAACCAACCAACAUCCUCAACAUCAAGAGAGGUAUUAUUUCUGCUCUUCUGGUGCCAGUGGAAUCGAGUGAAAAUGAACAAUUAAUUGAUGUGGCAACCGUGUAUGGUAACUGCUCAAGCAAGAUCACAGUGCACAGCAGAGCAAACAGUCUUGCUACUCAUAUGACAAUUGGAAGAGACCUUGCUCAGUGUAAUAAAUUCACACCCAUCAGAGACCACACUAGUCCUAUAGCCAUGGUUACUAGACUGCCAUUGGAUACAUCAGCACUUCUGUCUAGUAAUCAAUCUUGUAGCUACAAGUUGGAUGGGAAGAAACAUGUGACAGAAGCCAUUUGCAAUGAAAAGCACAUUUUCAUUGAUGGAUAUGGAUUCCUGUCAUGUGUAAAACAAACUCUUAAUCUGGAAGCAGUAACUACAAUAAACAGCCAAUACUUUGCUGAAGAUGAAUCAACAAUCAAGAAAGAAUUGACUAUGGAACAUGUUGACGAUAAAGUACAGAGUGCAGAUUCUGUACUGUUAGCAUUACAGAAACUAUCCACAAUCUCAGAGGAUGGUCAACGUCAACAAAGGGCUAAUUUGUUCCAAAUGUUGGUGGCUGAACUGAGGAAGUUAGAUGGCAAAACUCUCGAAACAGCUCUGCCUGACCUACUUAAAAUGGAAAAACCCAGAACUCUCACUUUUCAAGCACUUCUCCAGUGUGGUACCCCAGAGUGUUUUGGAGCAAUAAUACAAAUGCUUCAGAGCAAAAAUGUCCCUGAAUUGCUGGCAGAUGCAGUUACUUACUCUGUAGGACUCAUGGCCUCACCAUCUGAAGACAGGAUUCGGGCCAUCCUUAAUAUGGCAAAAGUUCGGCAAACACGGGGUAUGUUUUAUGCCCUGAGUCACACAGUGAGGAGGUUUUACAAUGAAAGGAAGCAAAAUGUGCCAGAGGUAAAGGAAGUUGCGGAUUACUUAUUGUCCAUAAUUGGAAGUGAGUGCUCUGGCGAUGAAAACACUGUCUACCUUACUCUAAAGGCACUGGGAAACAUGGGACAAGCAAUGGAAAAUGCAGCUCCUGAAAUUACAACAGCACUGUUAAGCUGUAUUAAAAGCAGUACAGCUUCCCCCUCUGUUCAGCAAGCUGCUGUUCAAGCUUUCAGACAAAUGACCUUAACUGAUCAGAUUCGUAAUGAGCUUCUCGAGGUAUAUGCAGAUAACACUUCACCUGUCCUGAAGAGAUUGGGGGCCUACCUUCUUAUCAUGAAGAAACCAACACAUAGACACCUAAGAAAAAUAAUUAAAAAUGUCGCGAAGAAUGAAAAUGACCAAGUAAAAAGCUUUGUUUACACUCAUCUUCAGAACAUUCUGAUAUCUAAAGAUCCCACAUUAGAAGAGCUAAAAAGCAAAUUGGAAGAUACAUUAAAAGGAACAACACUUCCAGCACCCAAGGAUUUCAGAAGAUAUUCUAGAAACUAUCAAAUAUAUAAGAAAAUUAACUUUUUAAGAACACGUAACACUCUGGAAGGAGGAUUGCAAAGUAAUGUAAUUUUUGACCCAAGCACUUAUGUGCCAAGAGCUGUAAUGUUAGAGACCACUUUGAAUGUUUUUGGCCGGUCUGUGGACCUGUUUGAGAUUGGCUUGGAAGGCAAUAGACUUGAACCAUCUCUCACUGCAAUAUUUGGACCUGAAGGAUUUUUUCCAGACAGCGCAAUGAAGGCACUAUACUGGGUGGAUGGUAAAGUUCCAGAGGGAGUAUCACAAGUGCUAUACAAAUGGUUUGGAGUCAAUAAAAAUGAUGAACAUUCAAAGGAUAAUCUGAUGAAGGAACUCACCCUGAAUUUUCAGAAUACGUUGAAGAAAAUUGAACAACAAACACCAGAAGUAGAGGCUUUCUUGAGAGUCUAUGGAAAUGAACUAGGAUAUGUUAAAGGCAGUGAUUUCAAGUUGCUUAAGGAAAUGAUGUCAAAAGGUUUCCAACUACUCCGAAGCCUUCCAGCACAGGUCAAGUCAACUCUCCUGAACGGAUUGGGUGGCAACCUGUUUGCUCACUACAUCUUUUUGGACAGCCAGUUUAACUUUCCCACUGGGGCUGGUCUCCCUCUUAAGCUGUCUAUGUCUGGUACAACCACACCUGGUGUUAAAGCAGGGCUGAAAUUUGAGAAAAAGAAGAUCAGUGGUUUGUAUAAGCCUGAAAUUGCAACAGAGUUCAUCAUCAACCUGGGUAUUAAUGCACCAAAGUUUGCUAGAAAUGGAAUACAGCUGAAUUGCAAUGUGCAUUUUGAAACUGGUAUUGAAGCUCAGAUCAGCAUGACUUCUAAUCAGAUAAAGUUCAACAUUCCAGCACCCAAAAAACCAGUCCAGUUCUUCAGUUAUGGCUAUAAACUGUCUCUAAUACAGAGUACAAAAGUUGAGAUCCCAUCCAACAUGGAGAACAGAGACAGAUCAUGCCGUCCUUGGAUGACAGGACAAAACUUGUGUACAGAAUCAGGGUCCAGUGAUUUCUAUUUAUUCAUGCCUUAUUCUUUACUCAUGCCUAGAUAUGCGAUUACAAUCGAACCUACAGACACAGUUACAGGCUACUCUGCAUCACUAACAUAUGGGUCGAAGAAAAUUGAAGAGGAUUUGGAAUACUCUCUUAAGUUUGCAGUCGAGGUAGAAGGCAGUGAAGCCACUGAGGCAGCAGCUGAAAUUAAGUACAACACCAACAAGCACAGUCUUUCAGCAGAUGUUCAAAUUCCCAAAUUUGAUGUUGAAUUUGGCAUGAAACUUGGAGCUGAAGACAAAUCUGUACAGGACAGGACCACAUACGUUGUUAGAUUUGAUGUCACAAACAAAGAUACACCUGAAGUGACCUUCAAAGGCCGAGCAAGCUAUGAAGGUGAGCAGAAGAAUCUCUUGCUGCAAGGUUUUUUCACCAUUCCUCAGCACAAUGUUAGGACAAACGUUGAAACUCAGAUUCGGCAUUUACCUGAUGGACUGUUUACUGAAUUCAGCUUGGGAGCUUCUGCCCCUCUUUUUGCUGGUUCAUAUCAAACCAAUUUCAAAUAUGAUUCUAAGAAGGUCCAAGUGGCAUGGAACUCAGAAGCAAUGUCUGACCUUCAAACACUUAAUGAGAAAAUUACGAACAUGAAAGCAUUUGAUACAUACCAACAGACCCUAAGUGAGCACCUUGACACCUUCCUAAAUAAAAAGGUUGCGCAAACUGAUAUGACGCUGAGACACAUUAUUGGCAAAUCAAUUGAGGCAAGCAAAAUGUGGUUACAAGAGGCUAAUGGUAAAGUUCCAUUUGCUCCCACCAUUCAAAAUCAUUUGCAAACUCUGGGGAACUUGGAUUUGGAGCAAAUGAGAUCAUAUUUCACUCUUCCAGAAAAACUCUUUUUAAAGAAUCAAGGCUCCAUCGCAGGUACAUUUGGGAAUAAUAAAGUUGACAUUCACGCUCCAAUUCCUUUUGGUGGGAAAGUGUUUGAAGGAGUUACACUUUUCCCAAGAACAGUGAGAUUACAUCCAGUGGCUAAAGAAGUGCUCGGAAUUACUUCACCGUCGAAUGAUUACACAAUACCAUCAGUUUUUAUUCCUCUUGUUGGAGAAGUAACUUCUAUUCCUUCUUUCACAAUUCCCAAAGUAUACAAACUCCAGAUUCCUUCAAUUGACAAGCUGGAAUUCUCUUCCCAGCUGAACAAUAAUUAUUAUAACUGGACCUCUAACUUUAAAUGUGAACGCAGUAGAAAGCAAGAUGGAAGACCAUUUUCAGUUGAUCUAAAUAUCAGAGCAGACUCGGUUCUGGAUUUUUUGUCAUACCAACUGAAAGGUUCAGCACUCUCAAGCCAAGCUGGAGAAGAUAUAGCUACAGACAUCACUGGAUCAUUUAAACAUUCCUUACUUACAUCUUCAGUAAAGCUAUUAACAAAGAACCGUGGUUUAAAUGAUAAAUCUGAGGUAGAAUUUGAAUGGCAUGCACUUACUAUAGGAGCAGCAAAGACCUCCUUGAUUUCAUCAUAUCAAUUUGGGUUUGGACAUGAUUCAAAUUUUGAAAUACAAGGGCGUGCAAAAGGAAUGGUGGAGGCAUCUUCAUUUUAUUCUACCUGGAACUAUACCAUGUCUGAAACAUUUAAAUCCUAUAACGAAGGCAGUGGAAGCUCAAUUUUAAAUUUCAAUUCUGCAUUGCUCCAAAUUACCAACAGAAUGAACAAUGAAUUCAGCCGUGAUAGUUCAACAUUUUCCUCAAACACUGAGAGCUCAUUAUUAAAUCUAAAAAAUAUCAUCAAAGUAAGGAUGACAAAUAGGAGACAUGAAGUGAAAUGUGACACUUCAGGCCAGUCUGAUGAUGGUGACUUCAUCAGCAACAUUAAAUGGAUUAACACCAAUAAAGCACUGAAGGUAGAGAACAAGCUACGUGGUCAAAUGUUUAACAUUGGCUUAGAAACUGCAGAUCAUCUCAGCUACAAUGAGGGACAACUGAGUUUGUUAUUGAACUCAACAGGAAAGUAUAAAGAAGAGGGAGAAACCAAUGGAUUGAGUUUUUGGAAGUUCCUUUUCCACAAUGUAUUUGCUGCUGAAUUAAAUGACAAUGGUCUGCAUAACCAGGGUACUCUGAGCAUUGGGAAUGGUGGUCUAAAAGCUGAAGCGAACUCAAGUUUUAACAUAGAUCCUGUUGAUGUGAGAUCUAGAUUCAAAGUUAAUGUUCAACAAUCAAAAGCCACCAUGAUAUUUGAAAUCCUAGAUGAUUAUGCUAGUUAUGUUAAUUUGAAUUUUAAUGGAUUAAUAGAUAGCAAUGGAGUGCAAAUGUUCACUUCUUCUUCAGGUAGUAUUUUGGACACUAAAGCAAGCAAUAACUUCAAUAUUGGUUUUACUAAAGCACAGGGGCUGGUCCUUCUCACAACUACAGAGCUGGCACAUAAAGAAAUUGUAUUUAACCAUACAGAUCGCUUUACCAUAAAUUCAAGAGCAAUCAAUGCAGUAAUGCAGACCAAUUGGCACCUUAAUUCAGAAAGAAUCUACCAUCAAAAUUUACAAAUGCUAUUGCAAGAUUUCAGACUUUCCUCUGAUUAUGAUGCAAGUUUCAAAUACCAACAACUUGAUCUUACCCAUACCGGACAAUUUCUGCUUGAACCAUUCAAGAUUAAGUUGAAAGGUGAAUUCAUGGGAAAGCAGAAUGCCCAUCAGGUGAAACAUUCUUAUGACUUGCGGUGUGCAGAAUGGAAAGUUUUAUUAAGUGCAAACACAACUGGAAAAGUACAGUCAAAUAAAAUUAAUCACAAGUUAAACUUUGAAAUUAUUGGAUUUUCUGCAUAUUUCUCCAGUGAUGCAUCUUGCAAAUCAAAACAAUUGCAAUUAGUGAAUCGGAUUCGUACAGCAGCUCUUCCAUUUAUCUUCACCUUUGAAGUUGAUACUGCUGCCAAUGGAAAUGUUGAUUACAUGGCAAAGCACAAUGGAAAGCUUAACAAUAAACUCCAAAUGAAGGCAGAACCAUUUGCUCUUGCACUUCAUCAUAGCUAUGAAGGAACUUCUGAACAUAGUAAUAACAAUGAGAAAUUCUUACAGACACUUCUGAAGAACACCUUAAAUAUUAUUUUGAAUCCAAGUGAGCAGACUAGUACAUGGAAACUGGAAGGUCAGUUAAACAAUAAUGGCUACAUGCAAACUAUCAAUGCCUACAACAAUCCAGACAGAAUUGGCGUGAACAUUGAAGGUGAAGCAAAGGUUGAUUUUGGCAAAAAACUCUCCAUUGAGGGAAAGGACACUGUUGAUCCAGAUGAACCAUCAAAGAUAAAAAUUUUAGGUAAUCUGCUAUAUGAUAAAAAUACAAAUGUUCAUGUCGUUGACAUACCUUUCUUGGAAAACUUGCCCAGCUACUUCAACUCCUUAAAAAAUGUCGUUUUAGAUGCUUUGAAGUCCUUAACUGACUUUUUGAUGAACACGAAGGCUUAUGCCCAGAAAUACAAGAAUAUACUGCGCCAAAUAAAUGAUUACAUCAAAGAAGUGAAUUUGGACUUGAAGAUUAACGAAAUAAGGGAUAAAGUGCUUAAGUUUGUAACAGAUUAUGAGAAAUCAGCAGAUCAACUUAACCUUGCUUUGAUUGAGAUAUCCAAUAACACACUGACCAAUGUGCAGAAUUACCUUAACUCUCUGAAGCAGUAUGGUACACCUGAAUUGAAGGAUGCCAUUAGAAACUACACUGACUUGAUUAUGAAUAUGUUGAUAAAAAUUGAUGAACAAUAUGAAAUAACCCAAAAAAUUCUGAAGAUUGUCGUUCAAAUGCAGGCAUUCCUUGAACAGCUUGCUCUGCAGGAAACUCGCAUGGCACAGUGGCUUCAGCAUCAGUGCACAGCGUUACAAACUAAAUUGAAGGAAGUGCAGGCACAACUCCAAAACAUCAAUUUGAAGGAACUGGCCAACAGACUAAAUCAACAAAUUUCAGCAAUUAACUUCAGUGAGCUAAUUGAAGAACUGAAGCAAGUACUAAAUGAAUUUGGUAAAAAAGUAAAUAAUUGGAUUAGAGGCACAUACCAAAUUUUUCAGUUUUGCGCUGAGAUCUUAUCUAUAGAUGAUACUAUUAAAUUCAUCAAUACCAAGAUACAGAAGAUUAUUACAACACUUGAACUUGAUAAAUUGAGUCAGAAACUUCUUGAUGAAACUGUGCAAUUCAUUAAACAACACAAGGUGAAGGAAGGAAUACAAGGAGUCCUAACUACACUUAAAAGAAUUGAUGUGAAGGCAUACGUUGACAGAGCAGUUCAAUAUAUUAAUGAACUAAAUGAACAGAUAGGAUUAUAUGACUUCCAGAAAAUGAUUGAUAAAAUUAAUGAGGUUCUUAUCAAAGUUAUUAAAGAUUUAAGAGAAUUUGAUUAUAAUGCUUUUGUUGAUCAAACGAACAACUGGAUCCAAGAAACAAACAGUGUUGUCAAAGAUAAAAUAAGUGAAUUAGAACUAGAAGAGAAAGUUAAGUCCAUGAUAAAAUACACACUAACAAUUCAUAAUUUAAUAAACGACUACCUGACACAGAGCAAUCUCAAUGAAUUGAUUGACGUGCUGGUAGAUGUACUCAGAAGUGUAGCUGUGGCAAUUCACCAUGAUCUAAAAGCUGCAUUUGGUGACAGAAUUGGGGACAUCUACACAAGGAUCAGUGAAAUGAAUAUCUAUAAUGAACUGCAAAGUCACUGGCAAGAUGCUGUGCAUUAUUAUGAAAUAUUUAUUCAACACCUCACAACAGCAUAUCAAGAGGCAAAAGAGCAUAUUGCAACUUUUGUAUCAAAGAAUGAUCUCACAGAUGUAGUAAACCAAAUAUAUGCUUACCUCGAAGAAGGUUUUAUUGUUCCAGAGCUGAACCUAGGUUUAAUAACUGUACCUCAGUUUGAAGUCAGCAUUCAGGCUAUUAGGCAAGGACAGAUUGUCAUUCCAUCAUUUACAGUACCUUUGACAAAUCUAACUACAGCAUCUUAUCAUGUUAAUUUAGAGAAACUAAAAACUAUUACGAUUCCUACAAAAUUUGAAGUUCCACCAAUCACCAUUCUGAAUGUAUUUACUAUUCCUUCCUUCACAAUUGACUUGGAAACAAUUAAGAAUUUCAUUCUCACAACAAUUCAUGACAUACAGAAUUUUGAAAUUCCCACAGAACCAUUCUCUCUAACUUCAGAUUUGAAUUUCCCCAUGCAAACACUUCCAAAGAUAAUGAUUCCUGCAAUAGAUUUCAGUGCAUUUACUGAGCUUGACUUCAAGAUUCCAAAAGUGAAUUUAAACAACUUCAUGCUGGAUGACAUUAAGAUUCCUGAAUUCCAACUGCCUCAUAUACCCCACCAAGUAUCUGUUCCUGCAUUUGGAAAACUCAGUGGUAUGUUUAGUAUUUCAUCUCCUGUUUAUACCUUGCACACCACUGUUGGAAUUCACAACAGCACAGUUGUUGAAAGCAAACCUGAAGUUCUAGCUUAUAUCACAGCAAGAGGUGAAUCAAGUUUUGACAUCGCAUCAUUUGACUUGGAAGCUAAAGCUCAGCUAUCAGUUCUUGAGCAGAAUCUUUUGAAACUGAGUGAAAAUAUCAAACUUGACCAUUCAGCUGUCGUCAUUGACCACAAAGGAAUGCUUACUUUCUCAAAACCAUUUGUGAAUGGAAAUGCAGAGACUUUAAUCAAAAUUACCUCUAAACCCUACAAAGCAGAAGCGAAGAAUGUUAUAGGAAUUAAAAUAGAUGGAGGACUUUCCACAAAAAUGGAGACAAAUUAUCAACAUGAUUUCAAUGUACCAGAUUUACCGUUAUCAAGUCAAGUAUCCCUGAGUAAUAUUGUUGAAACAAUUGUUAGUGAAAAGAGUGUAACAAGCACUGUCACUACAAAUACUGGUGGAAAAUUCUCUCUUAAGAAUUUCUUUGAUGAAGGAUUAUACAGAGGUGAAGGGAAAUUGAAUCUUGAUGAAACUGCUCUUACAGUCACAUUUGUUAGUAGCACAGACUCUAAAUAUGUAAACAUGAAACAAAACUUCAAGACUGAGGUCUUCCCUUCAUUUAAUGCCAAUUUAAUGUUGAAUGCAAAUACAAGUAUUGCACAGAUUGGAAAUAGUAUUAUAAAUGUGGAUGGAACUGCAGAUCUAGCAUCGUUGGAAGUAAAAUUAAUGGGAAUUCAACAUUCUGACCUCCGUGGAUAUGCAGUGGGUACAGUGGAUAAUUCAUUUACCUUCACAGUAAAACCAUUUGAAGUUGUUAUGAAAGAAAGAAAUAAUGUCAAUGCAAAAGUUGCUUUCCCUUUUACACUUACUGGGAAAAUUGAGUUCCUGAAUAACUAUGAACUGAUAUUAAAUCCAAAUGAACAGCAUUAUUCCUGGGAAGUAACUUCAAGGUUCAAUGAGUACAAGUACAAGCAUAAUAUUUUAGCAAGUAAUAAUGAAGAAAAUAUCAUUUUACUUCUUGCAUUGACUGGUGAUGCAAAUUUGCAUUUCCUGACCAUGCCCAUUACCAUCCCAAGAUCUCCUAUUCAAGAAUACUCUCUUUGGGAGCAUGCUGGACUCAAAUCAUUUUUGAGAACACCACGGCAAACAUUUGAUUUAAGCCUGAAGACUGAAUACAUUAAGAACAAAGAUGUUCAUGACUUUAGAAUUGACUUGAAACCUGUUUAUAAGUGGUUUGGAGAUCUUCGUACAACAUCUGAAAAUGCCUUUAUACGGAUUAGAGACAGCGUUUUGAAACAAUCAAGAAAUGAUCAAUCACAAGUUAAUCCCAGUGCAAAUUAUCUGCCAAAAUUUCUUCGUAUACCAGGUUAUACCAUACCAGUACUGAAGGCUGAAGUCUCUCCUCACAAAGUAGAGAUUCCAAAUUUCCAUUUUGUUGCUACAAGAGAAAUUACUACUCCAGCCUUUAGAUUGCCAAUUAUUAAUUUUAACAUGCCUUCCUACACUUUUGUUAUGCCAUCCUUUGAAUUCACAUUGGUGAACAUUCCAGACAGUCUUUACAAAUUAUCUUUUCCAAUGAUCAAAAUACCUGCAAUACAGGAACCUAUCAAGCUUCCAGCUAUGGGCAAUUUGACAUAUGAUUUCUCACUUAAAUCAAGUUUAGUAACACUUGGUGCUCAUGCUGAACUCUUCAACCAGUCAGAUAUAAUUGCUCGUUAUAGUAUCUCAUCUUCAUCUAUCUUCACUUCAAACUUUAAAGCAGAAGGAACAACAAGCCUAGCAAGAAGACGAAGAAUGAAAUUAGCAACAACUAUUUCUGUUCACCAUGAGACCUUUGAGGGAAAGCACAACAGCACUCUGAGCUUAUCAUGGAAGAAUGUUGAUGCUUCAAUUAAUUCCAGAGCCAACAUUAAACUUCCCAAUUUAAUCUUUAAUUUCACACACGAUUUGAGUGGUAAUACAAGGUCUAAACCCAAUGUGCAAUCAAAGGUGUCUCUUGACUACAGGCUAUUAGCGCCUUCAUUUGACACAGAUCUUGAAGGAAAAGCUCUACAUUCACUUACCUUGGGAGAUCUUGCAUCAUACUUCAAUUUGGAAACUUCAGCUAACGCUCAGGUUGGAGGAAGUGUGUCUUCCAUAAACAAGUUCUUUUGCGGUUUGAACCAUGAAGCAAGUGUUUACCUCAGUUCAAAUAAUAUUCGUUCCAAUGCAAAAGUUGAUCUAACUUCUUCAGCUAAGACAGUUUCUGGUAAUAGUUUUAACAUUGUGAUGAAUGAAAACCUUGCUUUGGAGGCAACCACAAGACGUAUUUUUGCUGUAUGGGAACAUUCUGGAAGUAAUUUAAUUACACCUAUGAACUCAUUGUUAACGAAAGGUAGUCAGACCUCUAAAGCAACACUAGAAUUAGCACCCUGGAGUGUGACAGCAAAUCUAAAUGCCAAAUUUAGUCAACCCAGUUCUUGGUGGAACAGGGCAGAUGUACAACAGCAGGUGACCGUAAGUAUCACACCAGAGAGCCAAGCAUUGAAAUGGAAUCAUAAUGGUCACCUCUUUUCAAUGAGCUACAGUAAUGCAGUAGAACUAUUAAACAAUAGAACGGAAAUACGUCUUGACCUGGCUGGUUCCUUGAAGGGAUAUGCAGAUUUCUUGAAAAACAUACAGCUUCCAGUUUAUGAUAAAAAUUUGUGGGAUGUACUAAAAUUUGAUGCGACUGUCCAUGAGAUGGAGAAACAAUACUUUAAUGCAUCUGCAUUAAUAGUGUGCAUAAAGAGUGAAGAAGGUUUUCUUAUUCCCUUCCCGGUCCAGAGGAUAGCAAAUGGUCUAAAAGUAUAUGUCCCUGAAAUUAUACUUCAUCUUCCUAAGUGGAUUGAAGAUGUACCAGAAACGAUACUUAGCAACUUUCUUCCAACAGUUGGAAAUGGUGCAAUUCUCGAUGAAAUUACAUUUCCAACAAUCACAAUACCACUGGUUAACAUUGUUGUGCCUUCAUAUAAAUUCCACUUAACAGAAUUAAAACUACCAAGAGUCUUCAUCACACCUGAAUUUAACAUUCCAUAUACUACUCUUCAAGUGCCGUCAUAUACCAUUAACUUCACAGAUAUUACUAUCCCAUUGAGGACAAACAUCCUUCCAUUUGAAGUUGUUUUGCCAGAUUUUCCCAUUAUAAAUUUUCCUGAUGUGAGCAUUAAUUCUAGAUAUAUUGAAUAUAACAAAAUCCCUUAUCUUGAAGUGAAAAUACCAGAAUUCAGAGUCAUGAUUUCUCAGUUUACUCUACUAAAGUCUUUUGGAACUGCUAGACAGUAUUUGAACUUGGGCACCAAUACAAAGCUGGCAGCAGAUUCUGAACCACCAGCCCUAAUAAUCCCAGCAACGACAAUAGAGAUCCCAUCACUGACAAUACAUCUGCCUCUAGCAGUUGUUUUCCCAGCAUUUAAGUCAUUAACUGGGAACAUCAAUGUUUUUACACCAAUAUACAACACCUCGUGGAUUGCCAGUGUGAAAUCAGAUGAAGACAAAGCAAAUAUCUUGAUGGCAACAGUAGAAGCCACAUGUAGUUCUACCCUGCAGUUUCUGGAAUACGAGUUAGAGGCAAGUGCAUUGCUAAGUGAAACAGAUGAUGGCUACAAUGUGAAAGGAAACUAUGUGUUCUCCCAUCCUGACUUAAGUAUGCAGUGGGAGGAGAAUUAUGUUAUUGAGAAUUCAAGGAUAAUUACAAAUUGUGACGUAAGCAUCGCCAGUCCAACUUUCACAGACCUUAUCUUCCGUUGGUCUCAAGAUAGCAAUGGAAUUUCUUCAUCAGUCUUCACUCCAUCUACAGGACUCCUCAGAAUGAGAAUUGAAAAGAGAGCACCAGGAGUUUUGUAUGGAAAGUUAUAUUUCCAUAACGAACAAUCUGCUGAAAUCGUUAUUUUGGAAAGUCAAGUCUCACUGGAGAAUACGGAAAAUCUUCAACUGACCUUCAAAUGGAACGAUAUUGUAACCACAGAUCUCAUAGAAGGCAUAAAGAAGAGCAUACCCAAAAUGAUUGGAACUGUCUAUGAUUUCGCAAACAAGUAUCACAUUCAACAUCUUGGAAUUCCGAUAAAUGCUGUUCUUCCAAAAGUAAAGGAGUUACUGAAGCAGAAUGUCAAUGAAGCCUACACAAAAACAGUCAAUGUCAUCAGAGAAACUGAUGAUAGCUUGCAGUCUGCAGUUGAUAAUAUCGAAUCAAGCUAUCAAAGCAUGAAAGUGAAAGUAAAGAAAUUAUCCAAGAGAGCAGCAUUGAAAAUAGCAAAUGAAGAUUAUAACAAAAUGAUCACCACAUUCUUGGAUGCCAUUUCCAAUUUGACACGAGAGUAUCAACGUAAAAUUACAGAAUCAAUCGAGGCAGCAUAUGAUUUUCUAAAACAAAACAGAUUUAAUAUUCCUGGAAGUGAUAAACUUUAUAAAGUUGAAGAACUAUAUAAGAACUUCAUAAAUGAAACACCAAUGAACAUUCAAAGACUCUUUCAGAAACUGGAACAAUGUCUCAUAAAAGCAGUUAACUACUUUGGGGAAAUGGAGCUAAAAAUAUCUGGCAAGAACACAGUCAUUAAAAGUACAGAAAUAAUUCACCAGUUGGGAGUAUUUCUCCAGAAAGUUCAAACAAAGCUGCUUGAAGCUUUAGAAGGAAUGAAAAAUUUUAGUUUUGAAAAGAAUCUUCAUUCCCUAAAAGAAAAUAUGCAGAGUUUUUGUGAAAAUAUUGUUUCAAAUUUGAAAGAUACAGAUAAUAUUAAUUUUAAAGCUGUGAAAUCUAAAAUUCACAAGUGGUACAAUGAUGGUAUGAAUUCAGUGUAUGCAGAACACUUGAAUGUGUAUUCAGUUAGUUUGAAACAUUAUCUUCUAAAACUGAUUCAAAUGUGGCACAAUGUGUUGCAAGUGGCUGUUGCAAAUAUUCCAACCGGAAGUGGAUAUUUUGAUGUCUUGUCUGGAUGGACAGACAGGCUUAAAGAAUUUAAUGACACGUUAGUUCAAAAGUUGAGAGAAGUUGCAGAUUAUGUAGAAGCAAGUCCAAAAUUAAUCGAGGAAAAUUUUAUUAUUCUGAAGAAAGAAGCAAAUUUUGGCAUUAAUAAUUCCAUUAAUACUUUUAAUGAAUAUUAUAAAAUUGCGCAGUCAGAGCUUCAAGAAGAUGGGCAAAUAGUUGCUGGAUAUUUUGAGAGAGUUAGAGGAAAUUUAAAGACAGCAUUUGCAGACACAAGAAAGCAGGCUGGUGCCUAUCGACGGACAAUUAAGAGCAGUAUAGAUAGAGUUUUUAUCAACCUUGAUGAAUUCUAUGAAUCAUUAAUUGUUAAUGCACAAAGAGCAGUUGAUUCGUUUUUUGAAACCUGCAGCAAGUUUGCUCAAGAACUGUUUAAGUUCCUAGAUUUAAUAUCCAAAGAAAUAUUCACUGGAAUGACUGUGAAAACGCAACCUGGAGAGCUUGUAAUCAAUGUUCCUCGGCAUCUGAAAUAGAAAUCAUAUGAUGAGAUUCCCCACCUGAAUAAAGGAACAAUGAAGUGGCUAAACACAACUUUUAUCAAGGGACAGCACAUGCUACAAAAAGAUACUUUUCGAGCUUGGGAACUAAUUAUGGAGGAGUAUCAGAAAAAUAAAAUGCUGCUGGAAGAAAGGAAAACAAAGAAGAGUGAACCAGAAUUUUAAAAUGCAUCUGAAUAUUUAAAGUUAUUAUAAACCAAAUCAUUUAACAUGUAAAAUGUACCAUUCUUGUGAAUGAAAACCAAGGAAUCAUUUAUUAUUUCAGUUUUCAAAUGAGAAUAAAUGCA